AUGUGCCUGGCUGGGUGCACACCCCGCACGGCGGCGGCGCCAGGACGCGGAACCUUCCCCAGAGCCCGGCUGCCUCGCCCGGCUUCGGCAGCCGCGACCAUGUUCCAGCCCGCGACCAAGCGCGGCUUUACCAUCGAGUCUUUGGUGGCCAAGGACGGCGGCGCCGGCGGAGGCGGCGGCGGGGGCGCGGGCUCCCAUCCCCUGACGGCGCCCGCCUCGGAGGAGCCGCUCCGGCCCACGGCACUCAACUACCCUCACCCCGGCGCGGCCGAGGCCGCCUUCGUGAGCGGCUUCCCCGCGGCGGCCGCUGCCGCCGCGGGCGCCGGCCGCUCUCUCUACGGCGGGCCUGAGCUCGUGUUCCCAGAGGCUAUGAACCACCCCGCGCUGACCGUGCACCCGGCGCACCAGCUGGGCGCCUCCCCGCUGCAGCCCCCGCACUCCUUCUUCGGCGCCCAGCACCGGGACCCGCUCCACUUCUACCCCUGGGUCCUGCGGAACCGCUUCUUCGGCCACCGCUUCCAGGCGAGCGACGUGCCCCAGGACGGGCUGCUUCUACACGGCCCCUUCGCGCGCAAACCCAAGCGGAUCCGCACAGCCUUCUCACCCUCGCAGCUGCUGCGGCUGGAGCGCGCCUUCGAGAAGAACCACUACGUGGUGGGCGCCGAGCGCAAGCAGCUGGCCGGCAGCCUCAGCCUCUCGGAGACUCAGGUAAAGGUGUGGUUCCAGAACCGGAGGACAAAGUACAAGCGGCAGAAGCUGGAGGAGGAGGGUCCCGAGUCUGAGCAGAAGAAAAAGGGCUCCCACCACAUCAACCGGUGGCGCAUCGCCACAAAGCAGGCCAACGGGGAGGACAUCGAUGUCACCUCCAAUGACUAA